CAAUGAGCGAGUGAUUCGUGGAGGAACGGGCUCUAUAGGAGGAGGUGCGCCGGCGCUGGGUAGUCGGUGUUGUUCGGUGCUCGGCGGAGUGGGAACCGCCGGACGAGGAAAUCUUGACAAUGGCAACAGCACAGUCGGUCUUUGCUUUUGCUGUCUGCAUUUUAAUGAUAUCGGAAUUUAUAUUGGCGAAGAAAGAUUAUUAUGAAAUUUUGGGCGUGCCAAAAAAUUCUUCUGACCGGCAGAUAAAGAAGGCGUUUCACAAACUUGCAAUGAAAUACCACCCGGAUAAAAACAAAAGUCCUAAUGCGGAGGCAAAGUUCAGGGAAAUUGCAGAAGCAUAUGAAGUCCUUUCAGAUGAGAAGAAAAGGAAAGAAUAUGAUCACAUGGGUCAUCAAUUUUUCAAUGCAGGCAGUGGUGGCCAUCAAACUGGUUCUUUCAAUUUUAACUUUGAUGACAUUCUUAAGGAUUUUGACUUUGAUUUUGGCCACAGAGCACAUCACAAGAAACAUUUCAACAGUCACUUCAGGGCACAUCAAGAAGCACAAAAUGCACAUAGGUUUUCUUUUGGAGAUAGACAAUUUCCUUUUGGAGGUGGGUUGUUUGACGAUGUAUUUGAAGACAUGGAAAAGAUGUUCUCGUUCAACACUUUUGGCAGCACACACAAGCACACAGUGAGAACUGAGAAGUUUCAGAGCACUGGGAAGCAACACUGCAGGACUGUCACACAGCGGCGAGGGAACAUGGUCACCACGUACACGGACUGUUCAGUGCCGUAAACUUGUGGAAGUACAACAAAUGUAACAGUGUGGUUGACAGCUUUUAUGUGUCAUGGUUUGUUUCCCAUGCAGAGUGUCAAGAAAGGCAGUAGCUGAGCUGACUUGCACAAAAAAAAGUUUUCCUGUUAGUUUUUGAGGCCCUUCAUAGAAAUUAUUGGGUGCAAUGAUCUAAUUCAAGCUAGAAAAUGUACUUGGCAGUAGUAUACACUUUCUUAGUGAAGUUCCAAAUGUAUGAAUAAAGCAAUAGUAAGAACAAUUGUAGUAACAGCUAGCUCAGGAAGUUAAAGUAACAGGUAAUAAUGAUGGAACAGUUUACUCUAACAUGCCCGCAUUUGCUUAAUUCUAAAGUAUCUCAUUCAUUUAAGUUCAAGAGAAGAUCUUGUUAUUUCAGGGCUAAUGAAGACAUGAUCUAAUUGCUUGACCUAGUUACCAGCUUACCAGGCUUUUUUUAAAAAAAAUAUGAGCUACUGUAUCUUGUCAUUUGAUUUCUGAAUGUGAAUUGCUAAACCCAUGCCUUAUUGCUUUUGUUUCACGGCUUAAAAGGUCUUCAGACUUGGAUGUAACUUUGGAUUUGCUAUAUUGCCGUGACUUUUUGGGCCUUAGAUUUGAAAAUAAUUGCAAUGCAAAAACAUAUGUUGUGAGGAAUUGCCUUGUUUGAAUCUGAACUGUUCGUACAGCAAAAUUGAGCAUUUAGUUAAAACUUGUUAAUUUCAAAUUGUACACAUUAAGAAAAUUAAAAUAUGAAGACUCAAUUCUUGCAAAGUUCAAAGUGCUGAUUAAAAUCACAUUUUAAUAUAGAAAUUUGGAUUUAAUUUCAAACAAUACCUAAACUGGGGUUCUAUAAAAAUAAUAUUUACAAAUUCAUAAACUAUAGCAUGUUUUUCUGAUAAAAGAUCAACUUUAAAAGUGUGUGUAGGUGAGGAAAAGUGCCGUUCCUCAGAUCCAUAUUGAUUUUUGUUAUGCUAUCCAGCUAACAAUAAACUAUUUAAAUUGUUCUUAAAUAACUACAAUUAACAUGUACUCUGGUGUGUUUAGCAAACUUGUAUUACUUAAAAGAUGAUGUUUAGUUACAUUGUGAUCACUUGUCUUUCUUGCCAUGUCUCCCAUCUUUUUGGUUAGUGUACAGAGUUUAUAAAAUGGGGGUUACCUCAUUUCAUUUUCUGAAAAACAGAGGUGAAGAACUGUGUACUGUCCAGUGUGCAAUAUUAGCAAGCAGAGACCUGUUCCUGGACUACAGAAUCUGUGUCCAAAAUGUCUGCACUUUUCCAAAAUGCACUUGUUAAAUAAAUCCAGUUGACAAGACCUUGCAUUGUUUAAAUAAACACUUUUCCCAUGGUUUCUUUGAGGUUCAAAUAUGCAAAAAUUCUUUCAAUGAUACUCUUACAUGGUAUUUUUUUUUAUUACCACUACUUUGCCAAAGCUUGAUAGAAUUUGUCAUUUUUUUGUUCAAGACUUUUAUUAUCUCAUGUCAUUUCAAUGUUGUACUCUACCAUUUGAGUGGAGAAUUUCAGGGCCACAUCACAUUCUCAAUGUUCCUAUCCAAAAAAUUUGCAUUUUAACACUGACAGUUUCUCCUGUCUUUUAAUACGUCUCUGAAGUUUUUCCGUGCUACUAGCAAUGAAUAAGAAUGAAGUUUAUAAUCCCUGACACUGACAUUUGCACAACAGUAGAAGCUGUAAAUUACUGAGGCUGUCUGUUGAUGUUACUUCCUAGCUCCCCACAUGAUACGCAAGCCAGGGCACUGCAAUUUGGAGAGCAAGCUAUUGCCCAUGCAGCUGUCUCUCCCUCUCCACGCAGCUGUUGAAUCCAAAGGAACGACAGAGACUGAUACAAUUUGGCACCAGCAGCAUGAUAGGAGUUGCCAGUCAGCACUGAACUCAAUAUAGAGCUUUCUGAGCGACUCCAGCUCCAGAUUUUUCCUCGGGCGUUUACUGCCGUGGCCUGCCACAGGAGUGGGCAUAGCCACAAGGCAGCGGAGGUUUGAGAUCAGUUUUCCUUCUAGAUGAGCUGUCAACCACGGCUGAUGAGUCCUAUCUGCCUAAAGCGCAUGGUUUUAAAGCACCAGUGACCUGCCUUUGCUGCUUCUCCUGUCAGUAGAAAUGGUUCUCCUGGGUUUAAUAGCUUGGCCACACAUGAAGGCCAGGGGCUGGACUUAGUUGUAAGAGGCUAUUUGAGAUGCAUGGUGUUGGGAGCAUUUAAUAGGUAAUGGGAGCUUAUACCCACUACCACUGCUGGCUGUGACAACCUUAAGGACCAAUGUAAAUUACUAUAAGCUGUACAUGAGGCAUUGACUGUACUUCCCCAAUGAUAGUAACACAGAGAAGGCAUAUACGGCCCCCUGUUGUCAUCAUCAUCAGUAUGUGUCAAGUUGUAUGACGUGGGCGAUCAUGAUCUUCCAUCUGUCUUUCCAUCUGUUCUCAUUCUCUUCUCUAUCUAUGACCAUGAUAUUUUGGCAAAUUUUUCUACAGAAGUAGUUUGCUAUUGCUGCCUUCUGUGCAGUGUCUUUACAAGAUGGGUGACCCCAGCCAUUUUCAACACUCUUCAGAGUUUGCCUGGCAUCAGAGGUGGCGUAACCAGGAUUUGUGAUGCACCAGCUGCUCCUAUGGCUUCACGUGACCCUGAUUGGGGAGUUAAGCAUGACCUGCAGGUUAGAGGUGGGAAGGAGGGCCUUGCACCUCCUUUAGUAGAGACAUAUCUCCACUAACCCACCUGACUCCGUGUUGAGGGUCUUUAAUAAUAGAUGCUGCCUCCUUGAGCCAUCACCUCUUGAAGCUGGCCUCAGUGGUGCAAGGGUUGAACCUGUGAUGAAACUAGCUGAGUCUACAACCCAAUGCCCAGGAUUUCUCAUUUCUUAACUAAAUGUUUCUUUCCCAGUCCCACCUUGACUCUGUCCAGUUAUUGUAGAACCUGGGCAAAGGAAAACAAAAAAUGCUGUGGCAAAUUAUUGAAUAUUGCUGCCUCCUUGGAUUUUCCUCUACCUGUCUAAUCCUCGUAAACCCUUUCUACAGAAUGCUUGUUAAAAUGAAGAACCAAGCUUCAAAUAAGCCUUUGCUAAUUGUAUUGCUAGAGCUCUGAUGUAAUUAUGCACAAUAAAAUGGUUUAUGAAUUUUAUUUAAAUUCUAGCUAAGUUCUUAAAUUUAAUUUGUUUUGCAUUUGGCUUGUUAUAAGAAGAUGAAAUAGCUAAUGCCACAAGAUGGCACCAAAAUUCUGUAACAUUUUUGCUAUAUAAUCCAUAUAUACAAGGUAUAAAUCUCCACUCGACGUUUCUGCCAGUCGAGAUGAACAGCUUGUGAGAAGUCCCAGAUGUGCAUUCCACUUCUGACCCAUCUAAUCUAAUAAAAUUACCAUUUGUUUAUGAGAUGUUAGAUUGACUUUCUUUGAAGCCUUCAUUCUUGAUGAGAUUAGCUGACAAUGAUCAAAUAGAAUUGCUUUAUGAUAUAUUUACUUAAAAAGGAUAGAAUUGAAUCAAAGUAACCCAUGGUAAAGCUAAGCUCUAGCUAAACAGUACUUAAGAACUGAGCAACAUACAGAUGGCUGGAAGAACUCAGAUCAGACUGCAUCCAUGGAGGGGAAUAAAUAGUUGAUGUUUUAGGCCAAGAACGGUCUUGGACCUGCUGAGUGCCUUCAGCUCUAUGUGUGUUGCUCUAGAUUUCCAGCAUCUGCAGAGAUUUGUGUCUUUAAGUUUCGGAGUUUUAAUCUUUUGGACAAACUUGGACUAAACUGUGGUAAGGAUUAGCAUACCACUUAUGCUGAAAGCAAGAUAUUUUUCUAUGU